GACUCCUUCUACACCCACUCCGUUCUGUAGCCGUCCUCUCAAAACUUUGCGAACCUGUAUCUAUACUUCUCUUGUGAGAGCAUCUCUCAUCCUUUCUCUGGCUGACUGCGGAGCGACGCUUGCUCGGGAGACCUGUAUCUGACCGGUUGUCGUCUUGUUGCCUCUGUACUGGAUUAUCGUCUUGUCAUUCGCUACAGACAUCCUGUCAUCUCCCACACUCUUCCAAAACAAAAGAAUUCUUGACUUCUCUCUCCACCAUCUGACCCCCGUCUAAGUCAAUCGAAAAUAUGGCUGAUGAUGACUUUGACCUCUAUGGAGAAGACGACGGGUUCCAGAACGUGUCAAUCGAACCUCAGUCCGCCACGGAAGAGCCAGCCCGGGAGGAUGUGAAGAUAGAGGACCCUGAUCUGAACCAUGUGGCCGCGCCCAUCAUUGGUGAGAAGAGACCUCGAGAAGAAGAUGAUCAUGAACCCCAAGAAGCUGCACAAGCUAUUCCCACUGUUCCUGACUCAAACCCAAUGGCAUCCGGUAGCGCGAACGGGAACAGGAACUACACGAUGGGAGGAGGGAACCAAGUGAAAGUAGAGAUGGGGCAGCCAGGCAAUGAUGCCUUAUAUAUCGGAGAUUUGCAAUGGUGGACCACUGACGAGGAUCUCCGCCAAGUCGCGCUGAACGUCGGUGUCACGGUAGAUCACAAAGAUAUCACCUUUUCAGAGCAUAAGGUGAAUGGAAAGAGCAAAGGCAUCGCUUAUGUGGAAUGCGGCGGUUAUGACAACGCCCUCGCGCUCAAGAACUGGUUUGACAAUAAUGAUUUUCAAAACCGCAAGGCCAAUGUGAACUUCACGAGUUCGAUGCAGGGUAACCCCUUUAGGACCCUUCCAAAAGAGCCUCCACCUCGCGAGAAUCGCAUACAAGGUGGUCAACCGAUCCCCAGUACUGGAGGCAGCGUUGGCCCGGCGGGUCGUGGUGGAGCCAACUUCCGUGGUGGCAUGGGCAACAGCCAGAUUGGUAUGCAAAAUAUGGGAGGGAUGAACAUGCGCGGUGGUGGUAUGAUGGGUGGUGGCAUGAUGCGCGGUAUGCCUGCGAUGAUGGGUGGCAUGGGUGGCAUGGGCAUGAAUAUGGGAGCUGGUGGGUUCAACAAUAUGGGAGCUGGGUUCACGGGUGGUGGACGCGGCGGUAUGAUUCCGCAGGGCCCGCGAGGUGGUAUGAUGGGCAAUGGAUUUCGAGGAAAUAUGAUGGGCGGCAUGGGUGGGAUGGGUAUGAUGGGUGGAAUGGGUCGGGGCGGGUUCAAUAAUGUCCAGGGGCAUUUUAACCCGGCCUUCAUACAAGGUGCCCAAGGCGGUGGACAAUUUGGGCCUGACGGUCCUAGAAAGAGGUAUAGGAUGGAGGAUAGUGGCUAAAUUAUGUUUAUACAGGCAAUAUUUUGCUGUUCUUCGCCGUCCACUACGGUCGUUGAAUCAUCCGCUUUCGAUUUCGCUUUUUAUAUACGCUUGCCUGCAGAGCUUUUCGUCCACAUUAGCGUUUCUCCGGAUGGAUUCGCAUCUGUAGUCACCUUUCAAGAGUUCUGCUUUGUAUAAUUACAGCUGUGCAUGAAAAAGUAUUCCUAUUCUACAUAGUGCGAUGGUCGCAUUCUAGAUGCGUUGCUAACGACAAGAGAUGCGAUGGUGGGAUAUAAGGAUGCGAGAAGAAAGGGUGAACGUAAAUAACCAAGGGUAUGCAUGACAUCUACAUGUCAUGCUCAAUACCCGUCCAAAGCCAAGCAUAAGCUACACAAGUCCAUGAUCGACAUACAAAAAACCUUAUACCAUAUCUAGAGUCCUCCAUAAGUCCGUCACAACAAGCAGGUAUGAGUGUCGCUAAUUAGAGCGCUCACGCUCUCUCUUGCGUCGCCGUUUCUCUUCCUCACGUCGUUUUUCCUCCAUCUCCGCUUCUACGUCUUCCUUCCGAGCAAGACGAGCACUUCUCAUUUCCUCCUUUUCUAAGUCAUGGGCAUCCGCUUCCAUGUCUUCGUCGUCACUGAAGACGUCGCGCCGCAUAUAAUCGUCCUUAUCCUUUCCAAAGAGUUUCCAAAUCUGGCUGGAGAUAUCGUCCAUCGGCUUGGAGCGCUUUGGAGGUGGCGGCGAGUCAGAGAGGGAGGGAGACCGCUGUCGUCGUUUGGUAACAGGCUGCGAGCUUCUAGAAGCCAGCUUGGAAGUUGAGGGAAUCUUGGAUAAACUCGCCGACGGUUUGAGAGUGCCCAUGGCAGAAGGCCUGUUAUCAGCCUUUGAAGUGGUACUGGCUUUCGGAUGUCGAGGCAAAGGUGCUGACUUGAGCGCAGAAGAUGGGUUGGCUUUGGAGGAUGAGGCAGGUAUAGGUUUGACGACAGAAGCUGGGCUUUUCUUUGGCAUUAUAGAGGGUGCUGGAUUUGGUGCGAUAGAGGUGGAUGGUUUUCCAGGUAUCGUACUAGCAGAGGGCGUGCUCAUCCUGGAAACGGGUGUGGGCGUUAGCUUCUCCGACGCC